AUGCUAAAGAGUUUAACGACAAUUUCGGGAUCACUCAAGGUCAAAAUGCCAUUAGUCAAAGGUGCAUGCCUAAUAAUUGGUGAUGAGGUGCUGAAUGGUAAGAUUACUGAUACCAACUCGAGGUUUUUUGCUAAGUAUUGUUAUGAAUUAGGGAUCCACCUGAGGGAAAUAGUGACCGUCGGAGAUGAACAUGAGCAAAUAGUAGAUACUAUUAGGCGCCUGAAAGCUGAUAAUGACUUUAUAGUUACUUCUGGUGGAAUUGGCCCUACUCAUGAUGAUAUCACUUACGAAUCUGUGGCCAGCAGUUUCGGAUUAGAAUGUAAGCUUGAUGAAGAAUGCCAAAGACGUAUGCGCAAAAUUUCUGAUCCUGAAGCACGUCAUCAGGGAGAUGCUCUUAAGGCAUUCUAUCGCAUGGCUACGCUUCCAAAUGGCCCCAAUGUUGAAAAUUAUUAUGUUCAUGAUGAUUUAUGGGUACCAAUCGUUUCGAUCGAGAAAAAAGUCUACGUUCUUCCGGGGGUUCCUCAGCUAUUUGAAAGAUUAUUGACAGGUUUCACGAAUACCUUAAAGGGUCUGUAUGGUCUUGAAAAAGAUACUGCUCAUGAAUAUCAACGGUACUUCGUCAAAACACCGAUGUCUGAAAGUGAGAUUUCAAUGUUUUUGGCAAAAAUUCAAAAGCGUGGUACUGAAGUCUCUAAAGAGAUAAAGAUUGGAUCCUAUCCACAUUUUGGAAUGGGAUUUAAUACAGUUAGCAUUCUGGGUUUGAAAAAAGAUGAUGCAUUUUUAAAGCAAAUUGUGAAGGAGACCAUUCAAACAUUGAAAGGUACAGAAAUUUCCGCAACUGAAGAACAGCAAAUAUCGGAUUCCAGAUGA